AUGUCGACCGAGAAGCAAGAGACCCAGUACUUCGAGAAGGCGAACGCGGUUGAGGGUGCCUACAGCACCGAGCAGUCGCUCGACGGCAAGGGCCACGACAGCUUCAUUGAGGAGGUCGCCGUCCGCCAGGAUGGUUAUAACAACCUCGACGAGGGCUUCGACCCUGCCGACGUCAAGAAGACCCUUCGCAAGGUCGACGGACGCCUCAUCCCCAUCCUCAUUGCGAUGUACUUCGUCUCGCAGUGUGACCGUUCCAACCUUGGACAGGCUCGUGCCGCCAACCACCAGGCGAUGCAGACCGACCUCAAGCUCAGCGAGGGCAACAACCGUUACGGACUCAUCACCAUGAUGUUCUUCAUCCCUUACAUCAUCCUGGAGAUCCCCUCGCAGCUCGGACUCCGUCGCUUCGGCGCUCGCACUUGGCUCGGUGGCGCGUGUGUCCUCUGGGGCGCUGUCAUCCUCGGUAUGGGCUUCGUUGAGAACUGGACUCAGUUCCUCGGUCUCCGCGUUCUUCUUGGUGCUUUCGAGUCCUGCCUCUUCCCCGGUGCUGCUUACCUGCUCGCGUGCUGGUACCCUCGCGCCCAGAUCUCGCUCCGCAUCUCCAUGUUCUACACGAUCUCUCAGUCGUUUGCCGGCAUGAGCGCUAUUCUGUCCUACGGAAUGCACGGACUGCGCAACUACUCCGGCUGGCGCUGGAUCUUCAUCAUCUACGGCAUCCUGACCAUUGUCAUCGGUAUCGCGGGCAUCCUCUUCAUCGUCGACUUCCCCGACAAGGCCCACUUCCUGAACGAGCACCAGCGCCACAUCAUCAAGACCCGCAUCCAGCGUGACCGCAACGAUGCCGAGCCCGACUCGAUGACCUGGCACAAGUUCCUGAAGUACUCGAUCGACCUUAAGCUCUGGGUGUUCGGCUUCCUCUUCGGCACCUCUGGCCUCGGCAUCUACGCUCUCUCGUACUUCAUGCCCCGCAUUCUUCAGUCGAUCGGCUUCACCAACGCCCUCACUCAGCUCCUCAUGGCGCCUCCUUACAUCUACAUGCUCAUUCCCUGCCUGAUCACCGCCAAGAUCUCUGACAAGGUCCCCCGUGCCCGCUGCGCCAUGGUCAUCUUCAACUGCAUCUGCGCCAUUGUCGGCACUCUCCUCUUCUCGCACCUUGAGACCUCGCAGAAGGGCGCCCGCUACUUCGGUGUCUUCCUCGCUUGCGGUGGUGUCAACGCCAACCUCUCACUGUCCAUCGGCUGGGCUCAGUCCUCUAUCCGUGCCCAGUCUAAGCGUGGCUUCUCCUCUGCCCUCGUCGUCGCCUGGGGCGGUAUCGGCGGUAUCCUUUCCUCGGUCGCCUUCAUGGAGAAGGAGGCCCCCACCUACCCCACCGGAAUCUACCUCAUCAUCGGCAUGGAGGUCGCCUCGAUCUUCCUCGCCGCGGGCCUCGCCGGCUGGUUCAUCCUCCAGAACAAGCGCGCCGACCAGGGCAAGGUUGUCCUUGAAGACGACCCCAACUUCCGCUACCAGUGGUAA